GACACAAUGAGACCGGAAGUUGUUAUCCAUGCAUAUGAUCCAGGUAGAAAACAACAGGAGCGGCUGGCUGGACGUCAAAAAUCGGCAUAUUUUGCUGGUGUUUUGUCUUCGGAUGACUCAAGAUGUCAGCCAGCGCAGACGCCCCGGAGCCCUGGUACCUGGCUCUGCUGGGCUUUGCAGAACACUUCCGCACGUCGAGUCCCCCCAAGAUCCGCCUGUGCGUGCACUGUCUGCAGGCGGUGUUCCAGUUCAAGCCGCCUCCCAGGGUCGAGGCCCGGACUCACCUGCAGCUGGGCUCGGUGCUGUACCGACACACGAAGAAUAGCGAGCUGGCCCAGACUCACCUGGAGAAAGCGUGGUUUUUAUCACAGCAAAUCUCUCAAUUUGAAGAUGUGAAGUUUGAAGCAGCGAGUAUUCUGUCAGAGUUCUACUGUCAACAGACCUUGGUGGACUCUGCAAAACCAGUGCUGCGGAAGGCCAUCCAGAUUUCUCAGCAAACUCCCUACUGGCACUGCAGACUGCUUUUUCAGCUAGCACAACUGCAUGCAUUAGAGAAGGACUUGGUAUCUGCCUGUGAUCUCCUUGGAGUCGGAGCAGAGUAUGCAAGAGUCAUGGGCUCGGAGUACACGAGAGCUUUGUUUUUGCUGAGUAAAGGAAUGCUGCUGCUGAUGGAGCGGAAGCUGGGCGAGGUGCAUCCUCUGCUGACGCUGUGUGGGACCAUAGUAGAAAGCUGGCAGGGAAACCCCAUUCAGAAGGAGUCCCUCAGGGUGUUUUUCCUGGUGCUGCAGGUCACACACUACCUGGAUGCUGGACAGGUAAAGAGUGUGAAGCCGUGCCUGAAGCAGCUGCAGCAGUGUAUCCAGACCAUCUCCACUAUCCAGGAUGACGAGAUCCUUCCCACCAAUCCAGCAGCUCUCUUCCACUGGCUGCCCAAAGAGCACAUGUGUGUGCUUGUGUACCUGGUGACGGUGAUGCACUCGAUGCAGGCGGGCUACUUGGAGAAGGCCCAGAAGUACACUGACAAAGCUCUCAUGCAGCUGGAGAAGCUGAAGAUGCUGGACAGCAGUCCCAUCCUGUCCACGUUCCAAGUCAUCCUGCUGGAGCAUAUCAUCAUGUGCCGGCUGGUCACUGGACACAAGGCCACGGCUUUACAAGAGAUUUCUCAGGUUUGUCAGCUCUGCCAGCAGUCUCCCAGACUGUUUACGAGCCAUGCUGCUCAGCUUCACACACUGCUGGGCCUCUACUGUAUCUCUGUGAACUGCAUGGACAACGCUGAGGCUCAGUUUACUGCUGCUCUACAGUUGACCACACACCAGGAGCUGUGGACAUUUAUUGUGACCAACCUGGCCAGCGUCUACAUCCGGGAAGGCAACAGACAUCAAGAGCUCUACAGCCUUCUAGAGAGGAUUAAUCCAGAUCAUAACUUUCCUGUCAGCUCUCAUUGCCUUCGAGCUGCAGCGUUUUACAUCAGAGGGCUCCUGUCUUUCUUCCAGGGACGUUACAACGAGGCCAAAAGAUUUCUAAGGGAGACCCUGAAGAUGUCUAAUGCUGAGGAUCUAAACAGACUGACUGCCUGCUCGCUGGUCCUACUGGGCCACAUCUUCUUUGUCCUGGGCAACCACAGGGAAAGUAACAACAUGGUGGUUCCUGCCAUGCAGCUGGCCAGCAAGAUCCCAGACAUGUCUGUGCAGCUCUGGUCCUCUGCGCUGCUCAAAGAUCUGAACAAGGCCUGCGGGAACAGCAUGGACGCCCACGAGGCAGCUCAGAUGCACCAGAACUUUUCCCAGCAGCUCCUGCAGGACCACAUCGCGGCCUGCAGCCUCCCUGAACACAACCUCAUCAGUUGGACCGACGGCCUCCCUCCUGUGCAAUUCCAGCCUCAGAAUGGACCCACAACAAGCCUGGCCAGUCUGCUCUGAGGGCAAAAUCCUCACCAUGAGAGGGAAAAGGAGACGCAGGAGAGCGAUCGCAGGGAAAAAUAACAUGAAAAUGGGAGCAGUAAAAAAAAAGGAGAUGCGGCUGAUGAAAGGGGUAAGAGGAAGAGGAGGCGUGAUAAUGAAAUCAGAAAGUGCACUGUGUCAUCUGGCACGCUUCCAUUUGGUCCAUUCCUUCAUUUAUUUGGGGCACUGGGGCAUCAGGACUGGAUUUCAAGUAAUUGAAACUUUCUGGAGAGCAUAACGAGGACAUGGUUUAUUACACUGACACAGUCUGGAGUAAUUGUAAUAGCAUAUCCUAGGAAAUAUGCUGAGAAAAUUGAUAGAAUAUUAAGAACUGUGUGGCUUGUGUAUAAAGCAGCCAGUUAGCUUAGCUUAGCAAAAAGACUGGCGACAGAGAGAAACACUUUAAUAACACUGGUAUGUGGAUUUUGGUAUGUUUGGAUGGACCUAGGUUACCUCUGUCCCUGUUUCCAUUCGUUGUGCUAAGCUGAGUUCAUGUUUAUGUUUAUCUAGGAAUCCCCAUUAGAAGCACAUGGAUGUGUCAUACAUACACAUAAAAAUACAACACAGACAGGCAUAAAGAGAGCGUAAAACAAUCAAACAUGCUACAGUGAAACACACAAAUGAGAGAAAUUUAAGAAUGAGGCUGAAAAAACAAAAUAAAGUAACGUAAGUUAAGUAUGUAUGGAUGAAACUAAAGCAAACAAACAAACAAACCCAAGAAAGUGAGAGUAUUGAAAAAACCUAACACACAUGUUGAGGUUAACCUAUUAUUUGGCGAGCUAAGUUUGCUAUCUGCGGGACAGAGUGGUAUCUAGCUUUUCAUCUAACUCACAGCCAGAAAGCAAGUAAGCAUAUUUCCUGAGAUGUCUAAUGUUUCCAUCACAGGGUCCCUGUGGAGAUUUCUUGUAAACCAACAAAAGUUUUGUUUACGCUCAGUGUUACUCACCAAAACCCAUCCUGUUUGUCGAGUUACUUCCUUUUAUAAACAUGCAAAGCAAAUUUUUCUAAAGUAAUUUCAAUCCAGUAUAGUGUGCAACCCCUGUUCCAACAGAUUGCAAUCAUUUGCAAACGAUCUGUGUUGGUUAAUGAAGCGUUCCAAAGUCCCGCUGUGGUGAAAUCCUUCACACAGUCAUGUGUUCACAUCCUUGUUUCUGAGCGACUGAACCUUUUCGAGGAAGCUCCUGAUACCAUCACCUGUUACAAGGUUGCAAACCCCACAAUUGAAACUGCGUCCAUUGUGCUGCUAAAGGUUAAAAACUCCAGAGGGAACCUUUUUAAAUUCAAGCAAUCAGUUGACUUCAUUAAGAUAAUCUCUUAACUCAAUUUUUCAAGACCAUCGUGGAGGUUUUUCAGAUGAAGUAAAGAGCGAGAACUCUUAGCUUUUUAAGAUUGAAUUAGCAUCAGACUCGCUGUGCUGUCGUGCAUGAACUCAGUAUCUGUCUUCUGAAUACACUGUUUGGUCAGCUCUGGUAUCAGAUACAUUUGGAUGGUUUACUAUUUAUCUGUAAUGAUCUUAAUGUGGUGUAGUGGUAUGUUGGAUAUGUCGAGGGUGAGCGGACAGCUGCGUUUGUGGUGAACUCACUGAAGAGGAACAGAUGACAGAAGACACUUUAACCCUGUAUUAGACGUAAGAGAGUCCGAACCAGCUGCUUGCUUUUACACUGAAUCAUAUUUAUUAAUGUGUUGAUGGCGUGGAGACUCACUGUGACGCAUCAGUACUUCAGUCGUUCGUGAACACAAUUUGCUGCCUGACUGCACUUCCCUUUAGGUGAUUACAGUUUCACCCUCACCGCGGUGUCUGUUGAUAUGCUGUGCACACGACAAGUAAUAAUCAGAAAACAAAGCGACUGUUAGCUGUUUGCACAUGUUGUUUCACGAUGAAACUCACACUUUUAACCUUUUCCAUGGGAGCGUUUUUCACUCAGAUGGGUUUUUAUCUCACGUUCUGUUGUACUCAGUUCUUCCAGACGAUGGCAGCAUAAAUCUGUAUUUAACUUAUUUAUUUGAUGUUUUUCAUUGUAGCAGAUACUUUUGUUGCUCACCAUUAUUGUUGAUUACCGUUUGAUAUAUUAUCAAAUAACUGGUUGGACUUGAUUUGUUUAGACUUUAUUUAUGUUUUAUUCAGUGAAGACAUUCGUUACACAUAUUUCUGUUCUGACUGAGCUCAGUGUUUCAAAAUAAACCACUGAGUUUAGUCAUUCUCAAAGUUAUUAGUGCAAUAAAAAUACAGUAUAGAUGUCA